AUGAAGAUGUCUGUAGUUGAGAAAACCAUGCCAAGGGCUUGGGGUCUGCACCGGGAAGCAAAGUUCGCUGAGAUUGGGCCUAAUAUUUUUGAAGUUCAUUUUGGGUCAGAAGGGGAUUACAGGCAUGUCAUCCACAAUGGCCCGUGGCAAUUUGAUUUCAGUGUGAUGGUGAUGAAAAAGUAUGAAGGCGACAAGAGGCCGUCAGAGAUGAUCUUUGAUAAAAUUGAUGUUUGGGUGAGGAUCUCGGACCUGCCGCCUGAUAAGAGGACCGAAGCUUUUGGUAGAGCCUUGGGGGAUUGGUUGGGAGAGACGGUCAGGGUUGAUGUGGACAAGGAAGGCCUGGCUAGAGGACAGAGUUUUAGAGUUCGAACAAAGAUCUCGGUUUUUGAACCACUAGUCAGAGGAAUCUUUUUGAAGAAGAAGAAGGACGAUAAGGAGAAGACAUGGUUUGAUUUCUAUUAUGAGAAGAUCCCGCACUUUUGUUUUGAUUGUGGGAGGCUGGUUCAUGUUGGAGGAGAGUGUGAGCCUCCUGUUGACUCGACGCUGCAAUGGGGGGGGCUGGCUGAGGGCGUCUCCGAGAAGAAAUAA